CAUCAACUCGCGACUGAACCCAAAGCUGUACAAACAAAAGAGUUAUGCAGCAAAAGAGCUAGAGUGAGAAAAAGAAAGAAACAAAGAGAGACGGGCUACCGGAUCAUUUGACUCGUAACUCAGUUCGGCGGCGGCGGCGGCGGCGAUGAUGAUAGCAUACCUGGAGAGAUUCAUCCACGAGAACGACACGGAAUCUAGACAAGAUGACGACCUCCCCAACAUUUGUAAGUCACUAGACCUCCAAGUCCAAGGCAGCAUAGACUGCGUGGCUACCGGGUUAGCCGGUAAAGAUUUUGGUGGCUUGUAUUCUUUUAAACCCUUGGCUAUAAUCAGGCCUGCCGGAGCCGAUGACAUAGCUGUGGCAGUGAAAGCAGCGUAUCGGUCACCCAGUCUGACGGUGGCUGCGAGGGGUAACGGCCACUCCAUCAACGGUCAGGCCAUGGCCGAUGGUGGUCUGGUCAUAGACAUGAGGUCCACCGAAGAAAACCACUUCAAGAUUGUGAAAAUGAAUGGAGAAAUCUUCGUUGAUGUCUCCGGAGGGGCAUUAUGGGAAGAUGUACUAAAACGAUGCGUUUCCGGGUUCAAUCUUGCUCCUAGGUCGUGGACUGAUUAUCUGGGUCUAACCGUAGGAGGGACGUUAUCUAACGCCGGCGUUAGUGGGCAAGCGUUCCGUUAUGGACCGCAAUCGUCAAACGUGAGUGAAUUAGAUGUGGUAACAGGAAAAGGUGAUAUAUUGACUUGCUCCGAAACAAAAAAUUCUGAACUCUUCUUCGGAGCCUUGGGUGGUCUUGGUCAAUUCGGCAUCAUUACCAGAGCUAGGGUGAAGUUGCAGUCAGCACCAGACAUGAUGAGAUGGAUAAGGGUGGUGUAUUCCGAGUUCGAAGACUUCACCCGGGACGCAGAGUGGCUCGUCACUCUUCCAGAGGGCGUGUCGUUUGAUUACGUUGAAGGGUUCGCGUUCGUGAACAGUAAUGACCCCGUAAAUGGGUGGCCUUCUGUGCCGUUGGACCCAGGCCGUGGGUUUGACCAGAACGCCAUUCCUCUAACUGCUGGCUGUGUUCUUUACUGCCUUGAACUGGCUCGACACUACCAAAACAGUGACCACCCGUCAGCGGUUGAUAGGGUUGUGAACAGCUUGCUUGGACGGCUGCGUUUUGUAGAGGAUUUGAAGUUCCAAGUGGACGUCACCUACGUGGAAUUUCUAUUGCGUGUGAAGCCAGUGGAGGAGCGCGCUAGAGCCAAUGGGAUAUGGGACUCUCCUCACCCUUGGCUCAACAUGUUUGUAUCAAAAAGAGAUAUUGCUGAUUUCGAUCGUAUAGUGUUCAAGAAAAUAUUGAAAGAAGGCGUCGGUGGGCCCAUGCUGGUCUACCCAUUGCUGCGAAGCAAGUGGGAUAAUCGCACGUCUGUGAUGAUACCAGCCGAUGGGGAAAUCUUCUACAUAGUGGCAUUGCUCCGAUUCACUCCUCCAUACUCAAAGGGUCCUUGUGUUGAAAAAUUGGUGGCACAAAACCAAGAGAUUGCCCAUCUUUGCUUGAAGAAGGGUUUUGAUUUCAAACUAUAUCUCCCUCACUACCAAUCUCAAGAGGACUGGAAACGGCACUUUGGAAAUCAAUGGUCAAGAUUUGUGGAAAACAAGGCCAAUUUUGAUCCCAUGGCCAUCCUUGCACCAGGGCAGAAAAUUUUUAAGAGGAUCAUCACUCAAUCCUAGUACUUGUAAUCCCUAUGUGGUUAAUUUUAGAAAAAUUGUAAUUUUUUUUUUUUUAAUCUCUUGGAAUCUAUUUUGAUGCUAGCUAGUUACUAUUAGUGGGUCAUGCACCUUUGCAAUUAGUUGACAAACAACAUUUUGAUGCAAUGUAAAGGAAUAUUUUGAGAAACCCAAAAAUAGGGAAGAAAUUGGUCCUUUUUUUGCUACAUUAUUAGGAAAAAAAAAUUGAUGAAAAGACAUGCUUGGCUUGUAAAUUUGAUUUGACUAAUUGGAGCAUUUGGGUCAAUAAUGUGGCCACGAUAAUUGUCAAUUUUCAUGUCCGAA